AUGAUCUCUCACUUGGAUACAAUUUUUCUUUUGAGCCUUCUUUGUGUUCGUUCUAUCGCGAUUUGUCCGAAAAGCGCUGUGCCCGGAUCGACGCCGGGAAGUUGUUAUUUCGGGGUCCCACUCGACGAAACGUUUCAACGGGGCCAGACAUUUUGUGAAAAUUUCUAUGCAAAACUCGCCUCGAUUCCGAGCAGAGAAGAUAACGAGGCUGUGCUGAAUUUGGGUCGACUGCUGGGUGAUGGCCUAAAGCAGAUCUGGCUCGGCGGAAGCUAUGACGGAGAGAAUAUCACAUGGCUUGACGGAUCAACACCCAGCUUCGACAAUCUUGCACCAGGUACGGCAGCUGGGGAUAUGGUGUUGAACCUCGACACGGGGAAAUGGUCGACAGCCGCCUGGAAUGGCCUCAUCCCAUUCGUGUGCCUUGGAAAAGAAGAGGCACCACCAAACACAAUACCAACUGUGCCAUCACAGCCGAUCACCUGCCCCCAUUGCACUUGUCCGCCACCCCCACCACCGCUCACAUGUCCCCCACCGCCCACGUGCCCCAAACAGUCGCCCUGUCCGUCUGAAUGGAUCUACUCAGCCCCGCUGAAGAACUGCUAUAAAGUGGUUUAUUCGGUGCACUAUGAUCAGACUGGCGAUCCGUGCAAAUCGAUGGGCGCCCAGUUGGCGUCGAUCCACUCGGACGAGGAGAAUCGAGUCGUCAACGAAGUUCUUCGAAUGGGCAUUGGCGAUCUUCCGUACGAAUGGGCGGGAAUGAUCGGAGGGAAACGGACAGGCCCGGGGGCCAGCGAUUGGGCUUGGAUGGACGGGUCUCGCUGGGAUUAUUCGAUGUGGGCCGCCCAACAACCUGACAACUCAAAGGGCAACGAAUUCUGUUUACAGAUCUACAACGAUCCGAUCAAAAAAGUGGACGCUGGACAAGUGGGCAAAUGGAACGAUAUCCCCUGUUCGACGUGGUUCCGAGCGGCCGCGUGCAAAAGAGCGGCUGACUAU